UGGCUUUUUAAAACCUAAAGCUAUUUAACAACAACAUAAUUAAAAAAAAAAUGUGUUAUGUUAUGUUCCACGUUGAUGUACUUUGCAGAAAAGUCUCUGUCUUUCCCUCUUUAUAAACUGCACACACAUUGAUCCUUAGUCCAUAAGCAAAAAAAUCAAAGCCAAAAAAUAAAUAAUAUUCACAUUCUCUCUCUAACGCUAGAGAUGGAGAAGAACGUACCAAUAAGCAAGAAGCUAUGGAACGUCGUACGUUUUGUCAUGUACAUGUUACACAAAGGCAUCUCAAAGCAAAAGCUACUCGCCGACUUUAACGCCACUCUCAAACGCGGCAAGAAUCUCAUGUUCCACAACCGCCGCCGCGUCCCAGCCACCUCCUCCACCGCCGCGUCCCAACCGCGGAAAGAAUACGAGUUUAGCUGCAGCGACACUCCAAACUACUCGUUCCCCUUUAGCAUGGCCGCUUUCAAGAAGAAGAGUCACCACAUUAGUCUCUUCGCGUGUGGUCAAGCGCCACCGACCCUCGACGACGAUACCUCCGCCUCCUUAGCCGUGCUGGAGCUGCUCAACGGCGUAGGAGAUAAAGAACACGGUAGUAAGACGCCGGCUUUGUCGGUCGAGGCUUUGACGGCGUUGUCUCCUUAUACCUUGCCCGGGUUUGGACGGAGUUCUCCGUCAGUGAGACCUUUACGUGUGACGGACUCACCGUUCCCAUUAACGGAAGAUGGCGACGUGGCUAACGGACAUGUGGACAAAGCAGCGGAGGAGUUUAUAAUGAAGUUUUACAAGAACUUGAAUCAGCAAAAGAAGAUUGAGUUCUCACCUAAUUAAAAAAUCUUCGUUUUAAAAAAUAAUAAAAAAACUUAUUUUUCAUUUUUCUUCUUAAAUAUUUUCUCUCUUUUCUGCUACAUUGGUUCUGAGGUGUAAUAAUAUUUUUGGUGCGAGGGUUGGGGAUUAUUUUCUCAUUUCUUGAUGAAAUUAGAUUUACCAUCAUGAAUAAAAAAGUUAUAAGGUGACCAUUCUCUACAUUAGUAUGGAAAGUGUAAUGGACAUUUAAGAUACUACUAGAUUUUGACCCGUGCUUGAGAAGCGCGGAUAAUUUUUGUUCUCCGUUUGAUAAAAUUUGAAUAAAUUUAUAAUUUUUUAUUAGGAAUAAAUGAUUUUAAAAUUUCUCUAUUAUAAUGUUUGAAUUUUAAAUAGUAUUUUCAUAUCCAAUCCAGACAUAUAGUCUGUUGUGAACAGGCACAAAUUAAUCAAAAAGACGAUAGAAAACAAAAUGUAUUAAGGCAAAUAUCCGUUUAGGAUUUUUUAUUAUUGUGUGAAUGAAUAAUCUUACAAACCCCUAGACCCAUAUUUAUAGCAGCCUCAAUACCCGGUUUCCUUUAUCCUUUAGGAAUACAUACUUAUCUAGAAAAAAUAAAUUUUUCAAAUCGUCCAAUCCACGAGUGUUGGGCUUUUACUGGUGCACAGAGAUUUAAGACACACAGAUGCAACAUAGUCAAACAGAUAGAUUCAAUAAAUCUGUAUAUAGUCCUAUUUUGAAUUUAAUAAAACAAAAUAUGAUAAAAAUACGGUAAAAACCAAAACACACUAUUAACCCGCUAUCAUUUUUCAGGUUUUCAGGUACUUCUGCUCUUUGUCAAAACUUAAAUAUAUGAACCGACCUAUCCAUGCUUAAUACUCAAAUAUUACAUUUAUUUUGUAUGUAUUUGAAUUAAGAUUCCAAACUGAUCCGAACAUGAAUGAACCCAUCUAAUCCUGAAUAAAAAAAAUCAAAUAUCUAUUUGGAUCCAAAUGUUUAGAAUCCAAAUAACCAAGAUAGAAAGGAACCGAUCCGAAUACUUGAGUACCCAAACCUAUUUUCUCAUUAUAUUUUGUGUGUAUUUUAUAAGUUUUACAUUUGUUAAAUUGAUAUGGUUUAAGAUUUACUUGAUAGAUUUUUUUAACUAAUUCAAUAGAACACAUUUGUAAGAUUUUUCAUAGUUUUUAAACUUUAUUAAUAAUUUUUUUUAUUAUAAUGCAUUCUAUAAAAAUUAAGUUAACAUAAUAUAAAUAUAAUUUUAUUUUAACAUAUGAUUUGCAAUUUAUCAAAUUUAAUUUUGUAAAUAUUUGAAACUAUAUAAAAUGUCAUGAUACAAUGUUUAAUGAUAUUAUUAGUACAUGUAUAAAAUAUGGAAUAUUAUUUUAGCUUUAAUAUGAUUGUGAUCUUAGUGAUAUUAAUAUCCUACACAUAUCACCAUGAUUGUAAUCCCACGAAAUUAGGGGUGUUCGUUAAUUUUUAUGGUAACACAAUUAAUAUAUCACAAACAUCACAAUUUUUCAUAGGUAGUUAGAGUUAUUAAUUAUGUAUAAUUAGAGUGAUUAAUUGUAAGACCAAAAAAAAAGUGUAACCAAAAGGUCCAAACAACUUUCAUAGGUAGAUUUAUUAAAACUCCUUCCCUUUUAAUAGUAUUGAUCUUUAAAUAACUGUAAAAUUAGGAACAAGUGAGUUAAAACACAUUUGUAAAAAAAAAACAAUGCGGCUUUAAAACGCUUUUCUUUUGUUGGUUAUCUUUGUUUUCUUUAUCCACACGAAGACUAUCUUUGCAAUCUUAGAUUCUUGAUGCCGGUCAUUUCGUAUAGUCUUACCCGAAGCGAAUAAUAAAAUUAUUUUCAAUAAAAACAAUAAUACAUAUUACAAUAGAGAAUACACAUAAAUAAUAUAACGUACAAAAUUAUUAAUUAUAUAACAAGUUUGUUUUUGUUAAAAAUAUUCAUCAAGUAUUUAUCAUUCAAUUUUGUAACUAUCUUUAAGAUAAGAUAAUCAAAUUACUCAAUGUUUUGUAUAAUUGAAUAAAGAUAAUUUUUUAAACUUCAGUUUUUUAAUAUUUCAAAAAUGCAUUCAAAAAUAUAAUAUCCAGCAUUUAAUUAUUCUACUGCUUUAACAAUUAAAAAUUAUCUACAUUGUUUGUUACUUAGAAAAUCCAUGUUUUCAUUAUAAGCCCAACUUUUUAAUCCUAAUUAUCAUAGUGUUUUAAUGUAUAAACUCAAAUUCUUAUUUAUCAUGCCUCUGAAGUAAUACAUGAUGCCUUUGAUCUUUAAAAUUUUUUUUUUUGAUAAGUAAUUUAAAUAUUUUUUUUGCUGCCCUAAGCUAAUGUUUUAUUUGGUUUCAUUUAUUUCAUGUAUUAAUUCAUUGACUGGGAUUCCCGUAAUUUUUUUUGUCUGUUUUAUUUGAUACCACGGUGUUGUCAUUUUUUUCAUGCAUGCUACAACCUUUAAUUUACUAGGUUUAUUAAAAAGUGUUUAAUCAAUAUCUUUAGUGGAAGUUUGUGUUUUAGUUAAAGCUUUGAAAUUUUCCUAAAUCCAAAAAGUAGGAAUUCAAGUCAAUAUUUGAACUUUCUACGAUGCUAAUGUUGAGAUUUUAACUAUAUACGGUGAUAAUCCGCGCCCUGCGUGGAGUUAAAAGACUUAUAGUUUAUCACUUUAAAUAUAUAGGUAUUAGAAAAAUAAAAAUCAUAGAAAGAAAUAUUACAUUUUAUAUGGUAAAAGAUUUUACGAAAUUGUGUAUGUCUAUAUAAAUUAAGCUUCGAUUUAUUAUUUAAACUUAUGUAUUUGCUUUGUUACUUUGAAGUAUAGGUCCUGGAAGUGAAUUCUAGAAGUAAAAAAAGCUUAUAUAAAAUAAAUUAUGAAGUAAAGUUAAACAAAACAUUGGCAAUAGUGGCAAUAGAAUUAUUGUUUUCAUAAAUAAAUUAUAAAUAUAAAAUAAAAUAUAGGAUAAGCAAUAGAGUAAUAAUAUAUAAAAAAAACAAAAUAUAAGAAAAUAAUAUGGUGAGGAUGUAUUGAGAAGGUCCGCCAUGAGUGUUUGCUUGCAAGAAUGUUUGUCGUAAGGAUGUAUUGAGAAGGUCAAUAUGGUGAAGAAAUGUAGAUAGAAAGCCUUGUAUAUAUAUAUACAAAAAGGCAUGGUGCUAGGGUAAAUAAUGAUAUUUAAUCGCUAUCUUUAUUUGCGUAUUGAAAAUUAAUAUUGAUUGUCCAUCACUUGCCAUAAACAUGUUCGUAAUCCAAAUUCACGUCGGAUUCGAUGGACUAUUAGUCUAUAAUAGAAACAAUUACAUAUAUUGGUCAACGCAAAUAAAUUAAAACUCAAUCAAUGUCGAUGAAUAAACGAAUGUAUGAUUCGAGUUUGACUGUAAUUUUCCAUUAAAAACAUAUAAUAUUAAUAAGUACGUUUAAAAUAAGAAUUAGUGUUAUAUUUAGCUCAAAACAUUCUUAAUUCGACAGUAAUUUUCUAUUACCAAAAUCAAUUACAUUAAUGAGUACGUUUAAAACAGGAAUAUAUGUCAUCAUUCCUAAUUUUGAAUAUUAUGAAGAUCAUUCCUUGUGUUUCAAAAAAAAAUGAAGAUCAUUCAUUUGCACACAAAUAAUGCUAAUUGAUAAUGUAUAAUCGGUUUUUGAAAUGUUCAGGGAGCGGGAAUAAAUGCUAUAAUUGCAGAGCCUUUGGAAGGCAUUUUUGAUAGUGUUCAAGAAGAAAUGACAUUAUUAUGAAGUGCAUUGUAUUUUAUAUCAUUUUAGGAAAAAUGUAUCUAGCGUAAUUUAAACAUCCGAUGUACAGUGGACAGCUUAAAAUUACCUGCAUAAAACAAAUCUUGGACCAUGAAAAUUAUAUGAACUUUAAAAUUUGCUCCGAUUCAUACACAUUAUAUAGAGGGUCCUCCUCUUUAUAACUUUUGAAGAUGUAUUCUUCAGUAUUUCAUAUUUAACGGUGUAAAUAUUAUAUAUCAAGUUUAAAUAUCAUAGAAAACACAUUUUCGCGUCUAAAGAUGUUGUUUAAGUGAAAUCUUCUUAACAGAUAUGGUUUUUUCAAUAUUGAAGUAAAAAACCAUAUGUGUGAUUUUAAUAUCAUAGAAAACAUAUUUUCGCUUCUAAACAUUAUAUAAUAAGUUUAAAAAAAUCUUCUUAACAGAUAUGGUUUUUUAAUAUUAAAGUAAAAGUUGAAUUUAUGAUUCAAAUUUCAUAGAAAACACAUUUUUCGUUUCUAACGAAAACCAUUUUUGUUCCAUUGGCUAACUUUUGUAAAUUGUUCUUCAGGAGAAAUGGUUUUUUUUUAUUAUUAAAAUUGUCGAAUAGAUUUUGUGCUUAUAAAAUAUCAUUUUAAAGAAUAUAAAUAAAAUCACGUCGAUUAGACAAAAUCGUGGUUUGUCAUGCAACUAAACCAUGAUGCAUUGGUUUUGCUUGGACCAAUCAAACAAAUUGAGUAUAAACUAAGUUAGAAAUCACAUUGCAUACACACUAAUAAACAUAUUAUGUAAAUGUGAAUAUAACAUUAUGUUAAGUUACAAUUAAUGAAUAAUGGCAAAAAAUGUAAUAAGUCUAAUAAAGAGAAGAUAAUUAAUUAGAGAAGAUGAGAGUGAAUAUGGUGUUGCCACCUAGGAAAUGGCAUUCUUGUUAUUAACACAUGAGCUUAAGGUUAGUCUCUAAUAAUGCUCCUCCUUUAAUAAUAAAGCGAUGAAUUCAUUUAUGUAUGUAUGUGUGAAAAUAUUAACUUUGAUAUCCAUGCAUCCAUAUAUAUAUAUAUAUUAUUUGUAACUCAACAUCCAUGUAUAUGUUUUGAUGGGAAAUAUUGGAAAUUUUGGAUAGCAUUUAUUAAGAGUUAUUUUAUAGGUUCACCAAUAUUUUGAAAAUAUUUUAUUUUUAAAAAAUAAACAAAAUAUUGUUAAUUUAUAUAAUGAUUUUAAAAUAAAAAAGUAAAAAAAAUAAAAAAUAGUACUAAUUGCAAAAAAAAAAGUUUUUUAAAAAAUAUUUUUAACACCGUCAGCAAAACAAUAAACCAUAAAUCCUAAAUCGUAAACCCUAAACUCUUGGGUAAACCCUAAAUCUUGGGUAAACCAUAAACUCUUGGAUAAAUUCUAAACCCUAAAUAAAAAACACUAAACACUAAAUCUUAAAAAUACUAAAUC